AUGUGUACUGAACCAUUUCUAGAUAAAAUAAGAAAUAAAAGCAAAGUAACUGGACUGGCUAUACCUAACAGUAAUAGCAAAAAUACAAAACUUACUGCUUAUGCAGGUGAUAUAGAACUUUUCAUAACAAAUAACGAAGACUUUGAACCUAUUUUUAAUAAUCCUCUAGUUCUACAUCCACUUAGAAAUGAACCGUAUGUGCUCAAACACUUUGUUGAUGCUGGCAUCACUGAACUUGACGAUAUAGAUGGUUUGAAUAUCAUUCAUAUAAGUGGUACAAAAGGCAAGGGAUCUGUGUCUGCUUUUUGUGAAAGUAUAUUACGAGCACAUGGACUGAAAACUGGGUUUUACAGUUCACCACAUCUGAUAGAAGUUCGUGAAAGAUUCCGGAUCAAUGGUGUACCACUGACGAAGGAGAAAUUUAGUAAAUAUUUUUUUGAAGUAUAUAGAAAACUAGAAUCUACAAUGGGAGAAUUUGACAGAGCUAUGCCAGUUCACUUAAGAUUCUUAACAAUAAUGGCAUGGCAUACGUUCAUACAGGAAAACGUUGAUGUUGUCAUUUUGGAAGUGGGCAUGGGAGGCACCUACGACUGUACUAACGUGGUGAGACGUCCAACUGUCACUGGAAUUAACCUAGUGGACUUUGAUCAUACUAAAAUAUUGGGAAACACGCUAGAUAAAAUAGCUUGGCAUAAAGCCGGUAUAUGUAAGCCGGGUCGACCAGCUUUUACAGUCCCACAGUCAAAAGAAGCCACCGAUACUAUAAUUGCAAGAGCAAAAGAACUACAC